CUACGCUCAAUGUUGAUGAGCAGUAAAUUGAAUGUAGAUGUCUGGCUCCUUGAAAAAUUUCGUGUAGUUUACGUAAUGAAAGUGUGGCUACUUAGAGUGUAUUUUCAUUGGAGACUGAUACAAUUAAAUGAGGUGUUAUACUUUUAAAGAAAUUGCGGGAUAUUAAAUAUUCGAACUGUUCUGUUUAUCCAGCUAAAAAGGGAUGGCAGCUAAUACAAAAAAUUCCUUCAAGUUUGUGGUCGUCGGGGGUGGUAUUGCAGGCGUAACGUGUUCUGAGCAACUGGCCUCUCAGUUCCCUUCAGCUGAUGUUGCCCUCGUGACAGCAGCCCCUUUGAUAAAAGCAGUCUGCAACUUCAAACAGGUGUCCAAAACACUGGAGGAGUUUGAUGUGGAGGAGAAGCCCUCCACUGUUCUAGAGGAGAAGUAUCCCAACCUGAGAGUCAUCCAGUCUGCAGUGGAGGCCCUUCAUGCACAGCAGCAUACUUUGUUGACUGUGGAUGGUCUGAAGGUCCACUAUGAGAAGCUGUGUAUCUGUAGCGGGGGCAGACCCAAACUCCUCACCCAGGAUAACCCCAAUGUGCUGGGGAUACGAGACACAGACAGUGCCCAGGAGUUUCAGAAGAGGUUGUCCCAAGCGAAGCGUAUAGUGGUGGUUGGAAAUGGAGGGAUCGCCUUGGAAUUAGUAUAUGAGGUGGAAGGUUGUGAGGUGGUCUGGGCAGUGAAAGACAAUGCCAUAGGAAAUACCUUUUUUGAUGUGGGAGCUGCCCAGUUCCUUAUCCCCACCCUGAACACAGACAAGCCAGAAAGAGCGGCUACCUGUAAGAGGGUUCGCUACACCAUAGACGGGCAACCAGCCAUUCAGGGCCCUGAUAUAGCAACAGGUGUAGACAGACUAGGCCAGUGUAGAGCGUUUGAAGAGCCUGGCAGUGCCCUGGGACCAGACUGGCAUGAAGGCAUCCGUCUCAGAGGAGCAGAAGAGGUGUGUCGCAGGGUGUCAGUGGAAUAUGAGACGGAGGUGAAACGGAUCUACACCCAGCAGGAAUUCUUGCUAUCACCACUUGCAUCUCAGACAUCUGGCUCCUGGCCGGUGUAUGUUGAGCUGACCAAUGGAAAGACGUUUGGUUGUGACUUCAUCGUCAGUGCUACCGGUGUCGUUCCAAACACUGAACCUUUUCUCCACGGAAACAAUUUUGAAUUGGCCGAGGACUCUGGGUUGAGGGUGGACGACCACAUGAAGACAUCAGAACCGGACGUGUACUCUGCCGGAGACGUGUGUACAGCCAGCUGGGAGGCCAGCCACCUCUGGCAACAGAUGCGUUUGUGGACUCAGGCUCGUCAGAUGGGAUGGUACGCCGGGCGAUGUAUGGCUGCGGACGUCCUGAACGAAACCAUAGAGCUGGACUUCUGCUUUGAACUGUUCUCUCACAUAACCAAGUUUUUCAACUACAAGGUGGUUCUGCUGGGGAAGUUUAACGGCCAGGGUCUGGGUUUGAACCAGGAGUUGUUGGUGCGCUGUAGUAAAGGCCUUGAGUACGUAAAGGUGGUGCUGAGUGGAGGCAGGAUGGUGGGAGCAGUCCUCAUUGGUGAGACUGACCUGGAGGAGACCUUUGAGAACCUCAUCCUCAAUCAGAUGGACCUGACGCCCUACAGAGACGAGCUACUAAAUCCCAACAUAGAUAUAGAGGACUACUUUGACUGACGGUGUGCAUCUGACCCUACGGCGUUACUAGUCAACCCCAGCAAAGCCUAUGAUGACCACCUGGACUGGUGUACGCAACUAAAAUACGAUUCUGAACCAAUCUGGAUAUCUCAUUUCUCACAUGUAGAUUAUCAAACCAUUUCAGCUGUUUCAGCAAUUUCAAAUAUGAAACAUAAUUUUGAAGCACUAUUAUCUUUUGCAUACAGGGAAGAGAGCUGGAGGUCUGGUGGAGACAAUGUAUGCCUUUUUAAAACCAUGUGUGCUUCAUGUGUAGAUUGUGUAGCUUGGAAAACUGUUUCCAAAGUGUGGGCUAUGUGGGAGAAAUUAUAUCGUCUAGAGGAAAAAGAGGUUUUGAAGUUUUGUUAAAAUUAAAAUGGGUGAGUUGAUUAUUGAUUACAUUCAUAAUGUUGCAGCCCUGCAUUUUACACUCUGCUUUUUAUGUUUCUGAACACCUAGGUUAUAUCCAUAGCUGCAAAUACAGAAACCAAAAACGAAUGCAAGGUGUAAUCAAGGUUAUGAAUACUUGUAUCUUUAAAGGCAUCUACAGGAAUCGGUCUAUCCCAGUGGCUAGUCCACUAUACCAGUAGGUGAAAGGGCACAGUUCUUGUUUUUGUAAAGCAUUUCAGUCAGGCUAAUGUUCAGUUUUUAAAUAUUCUCCAGCAUUGCAGAUAGAAA